AUGGCUACAAAUCCAGCUCAGAAUCCUUCGACGCCAGCCCAACCCAUGAGAGACCAGCAGGGGUCAAGAAGCGCCACCGCUACAAAGUCCAAGAAGAAGAACCGCAAUCGCAGACGGCGCAAUCGCAGGCAAUCGUUCAUUGCCUCUGAAGCUUCGGGUCCAAUCGUGACCGAACUCCCUGGGGGACUGGCGCGCACAAAUCCUGAUGAAUUACAAGAGCGGGUCCCAUUCUACAGAGGUAGGAACUUGAGUAAUACGAGCUUGGAGAGCGAGGCAUUGUUGGAUCAUCGAGACCAACCCAUGAUGCGGCCACGACGUGACAGUCGUCUCAGUCAAUCCUUCCGCCCCGAAUCCUACAGUCGAGGAGGGUCGUACUUUCCCAGCGUGGAAGGAUUGAGUCCCGGGCACCAGCGUUCGGGGCUCAGAUACACGCAGCACCGGUUCGAUACAGAAGGAAUUGAAGGAGAUACGUUGGGAAAUGACAGACGCGUGACUGACCGCACGCCGCUGCUAACACCAUUGCGAACUGCUAGUCCAGGAAAGCUCGCCUACGGUACGGACACAAGAGCAUCGCCCUACACUGGAUCUAUGAAACAUCGCAAAUUAUCCGAGGAUACUACCGCAUCUCAGGAAUAUGACGUGAACAAUCCCCCGUCUGUCCCGGGGAGUCCCAAAGCAGGUGUCACGGAUAUGGGCUACGACGACGCCAUGGUCACCGGAGUAGAAUUCCCAGAAGCGCGCCGUAGCUCUGUAGAUCUACUCCGCGAUGCAGUCAUUAAUAUGGAGGGAGGGGUCUCCGGAACAACAAUACCCAGAAGCUCAGCGCCUCCUUCGCCUCGUACAUCGUCUUCGGAAGCUUUACGCCGGCGGCGGACUAUUGCGCUUCCUGUGGAGGAAGAUGUGUGCUUCCCAUCAGAGAUGGCGGAAGAUUUUCAACGCCAGAUUCGUGAUUCGGAAACUGGAGAUCGAAGACGCCGAAGAAGGCAAGAAUGGCCAGACCUUUCUGUCUUGGAGGAGUGGAGUCGUGAAGAAAAGGAGGAUCGUAGCCUUGAGUAUCGUGUGAAGAAGAUCAGCGAGCCUGUUCUAGUCGGAGGCCGGUUGCGGCCUCAAUACGUUGACUGGCGGCGUGAAGAAGAGGAUGCUCCAUAUCGAUUUACUUACUUUAACGAGGACUUUCAGAGCACAAUACAUGCUCAGACCAUAUCUGAACUUGUUCAGCCCGGAGGAGGGUUCCGGGAACUUUUCAUUCCAGAUCCUCCAGAAUUGGAAGACUCAUCAUCGGAUGAAGAGGACUUGAUAUCUUUGUAUGAGCCUCCUUCUAAUGGCAACGGCAACAACCAGAACCAUAAUUCUAGCCAACACCGUUCUACCCCGAGCUUGAAUAAUGAGAAUAACAACACGAGCCGCGGUACAAACACCCCUGUGCGUGAAAAUCGCCGAGAAAGUGGAUUCCAGUCUCUUCUCAACCCCCGCUCCGAGAUCGAGAUGUUGAAUAUGGCGAAUUCAAAACCCAAACGCUAUGGGCCACGGCCGACAUGGUGGCUGGAUGUACUCUGUCCAACAGAUGCUGAAAUGCGCGUAAUCGCCAAAGCAUUCGGGGUCCACGCAUUAACAGCAGAAGACAUCAUGAUGCAGGAAGCUCGCGAGAAAGUAGAGCUCUUCCGGGACUAUUAUUUCCUAAAUUACCGCACCUUUGAGCAGGACCCCAAUAGUGAAAACUACCUCGCGCCUGUCAAUAUGUACGUAGUCGUGUUUCGCGAAGGCUGUCUAAGUUUUCACUUCUCGCAAACACCGCACCCUGCCAAUGUCCGUCGCCGCAUUCGACAGCUACGAGACUAUCUCAUACUAAGCUCAGACUGGAUCUCAUACGCGUUGAUCGACGACAUCACAGAUGUAUUCGGCCCGCUUAUUCAGGGAAUUGAGAAUGAGGUCGACGAAGUCGACGACACGAUUAUGCGAAUGCACACACUCGACUACUCAGGAAGCAAUGGGGACUCUCCCUCCUCCUCCUCAAACAAUAAUAAUAAUGACACCGCAUCUACCACUUCAAUAGCCCCGGGCGAGAUGCUACGGCGAGUGGGUGAAUGCCGGAAAAAAGUGAUGGGUAUGUACCGUCUCCUUAGCAAUAAGGCGGACGUCAUCAAAGGGUUUGCAAAACGAUGCAAUGAGCAAUGGGAAGUUGCGCCCAAAUCGGAGAUUGGCCUAUAUCUUGGCGACAUUCAAGAUCAUAUCAUGACCAUGACUAGCAAUCUUACACAUUACGAAACACUACUCUCUCGCGCACACUCCAACUACCUUGCCCAAAUCAACAUAUUGAUGAACGAACGACAAGAACGCACAGCAGACGUGCUGGGCAAGUUAACCGUAUUGGGUACCAUCGUCCUACCCAUGAACAUUAUCUGUGGCAUGUGGGGCAUGAAUGUGAAAGUGCCUGGUCAAGAAGUCGAUAAUCUGUAUUGGUUCUGGUCAAUAACCGCCGGUCUCGUAUUUUUCGGCGUUGUUUCGUUCUUGGUCGCUAAGAGGGUGUAUCGAAUUGUAUAA